GCUGAGAGUCUAGAUCCUUUAUUUAAGAUGUAAACCACAAAGGUCUGAGAUCUCAAACUGGUGGGGGGAUAAGAAGUGAGCAGAGUGCUGGAGGUAAAAUAGAUGGAAUGGAAACACAUGGAUUGAGAGAAGGUAAGGAGGCCACAAAAAGCUGUUCAGUACCUGCUGAGCUCUUUUGAGCAGCAGUUUCUGACACUGCCCUCUGGGGCUUCUGGUAACUUUUGUUUUGAGCUUAAAUUGAAUUUGCUGGUAGGGUGAAGUGUGUGGAAAGGUGGUGUGUUUUAAGGAGAGCUGUCUCAACCAUGUUUUUCUCUUUUCCUGAAGGCCUCUGUUGGCCGGCAGAGCCCCAGGGUGGUUCCAUACCCAGCCCGUGGCCUGUGUCCUGGAGAGCCCUCCCUUCAGAGCGCUGCAGUUGUGUCAAUGGGCUCAGCUGAUCAUCGACUGAACCUGGCAGAGAUCCUUUCCCAGAACUAUGGUGUGAGGGAAGAACGGGAGGAAGAUGAUGCUCAGGAGAAGCAGAAAUCUUUAGAAGAGCUGGAGAAGAGUUUCAGUGCCUCUCAGAGCAGUGAAAUGCCAUUUGAGGAGCUGCUUGCACUGUAUGGCUAUGAGGCAUCAGAUCCCAUCUCGGAGCAGGACAGUGAGAGCAAUGACAUCGCUCCCAACCUCCCUGACAUGACUCUGGAUAAGGAACAAAUAGCGAAGGAUUUGCUUUCAGGGGAAGAAGAGGAGGAGACACAAUCCUCAGCUGACGAUCUGACUCCAUCCGUCACGUCCCACGAUGCUUCGGACUUAUUCCCAAACCAGCCUGGCUCAAACAACUUCCUUGCUGAUGAAGACAAAGAGCCAUGUUCAUCACCAUGUGCUUCCUCCAUGGCUGAGGACUCAGAGGUGGAUUCCAUCCCAUCCAAUGAGUGUAAGAAGGAGAUCAUGGUUGGACCUCAGUACCAGGCCACUGUUCCCAUCCUCCGUUUGAACAGGCACAGGCAGAAAGUGCUUUUUCUGUUAGCCUAUGAGAAUGAAGAUCAGCUGCUUUGGGACCCAAACAUCCUCCCUGAGAGGGAGGUGGAAGAGUUCCUGUACCGAGCUGUGAAGCGCCAGUGGGACGAGCUGGCUGGCAGCAGCCUGCCUGAGGGAGAGGUGGUCAAAGACAACGAGCAGGCUUUGUAUGAGCUGGUGAAAUGCAACUUCAAUGCAGAAGAGGCACUGAGGAGGUUACGGUUCAACGUGAAGGUUAUCAGAGGUGAGGACCCCCUUUUUUGGGUUCAUCAUGGCACCUAAAACUCCUUCUAGAUUCUGCACAUCUCCCCCAA